AUGGUGGAACACGGCGGCCUGGAUAUUAUGUGUCCGAACAAGUACUGCCGCAGCUCCUCGUCUUCAUCAAGCUCCGAGCAGAAGAAGAUUUUCCAUCAAAUAAAACGGAACUUGUCCGUGGAUUAUCCCAGGAAGAACGCAGAGUUCCUGAGCGGCCAGUACGGGAUCAACCUGCUGCUGAUCGGGGCUGCGCUGAUGCAGGCCACCGUGCACCAUCACCCCUCCGUGGAAGAGAAGCACCUGCUUUCGUUCGUCACCGGCCUCAUGGUCCUGCAGCUGGUCUGGAUGAUGUGGUACAUCCUGGCGCGGCGCAGCCACAAGAGCGCACGGGCCGAGAGAGACGUCAACGCCACCAGUUGCUGGAUAAGAGGUGGUUUGACGCUCCUCGCGCUCCUCUCAUUGAUCAUGGACGCAUUUCGGAUCGGGUAUUAUGUUGGAUAUCAGUCGUGUGUUUCGGCCGUGCUCGCGGUCUAUCCUGUCAUCCAUGCGACUCACACCGUAGCACAGGUACAUUUUCUCUGGUUCCACAUCAAGGACGUCAUCAAGAGCUACGAAACAUUUGAGAGAUUUGGAGUGAUCCAUGCAGUUUUCACCAACCUCCUCCUGUGGUGCAAUGGUGUGAUGUCUGAGACUGAGCACUUCAUGAGCAAACAUGUCAGAAGACUAUCUGCAUCAGGAUAUGAGAACCUUACUAUAGAGGAGUCAGAUCCAGAGUGUAACUGCACCACGAGAACAUGCUCCCUGUUCUCCACCAGCCUCACAUAUCUCUUCCCCUUCAACAUUGAGUACCACAUCUUUGUAUCUGCUUUGCUUUUCGUCAUGUGGAAGAAUAUUGGUCGCACCAUUGACCACUCAUCAAACAGGAAAUCUCUUGUUACCAAAUCCCAGGGCUUGACUGUGGGCCCCAUUCUGGGCCUGUUUGCACUGGCCAGCACCAUCGGGAUUCUGGUGGUCUACAUAACGCGUAUAGAAGGGUCCCUUGAAAUGCGUCACUCGGCCAUAUCUAUGUUCUAUAUGUACGGCAUUGUCAUGCUGGUGGUCAUGUGCUUUGCUGGUGCUUCAGGUCUGGUCAUAUACAGAGUGAAGCACGUGCCGCUGGACACCUCCAAGAACCCUUCACGACAGCUGGAUACAGAGCUUCUGUUUGGAUCCUCCAUGGGUUCCUGGUUCAUGUCCUGGUGCAGCAUAGUGGCUGUUUUAAGCAGCAACAGCAAGCUUUCAUAUCGCUGGACAAAUCUAAUCUAUUCUGUGCUCAUCGUGUUGGAGAAGUACGUCCAGAACCUUUUCAUCAUUGAGUCCCUUUAUCGUCAGCAAGAGAGUGCUGAGAGGGUGGACCCUGAGUUGCCAGCUGCUCCUGAAGUCUUCUCAGUGACUUCCUCUCUGGCUCCACCAUUCAACGGCAUCAUCAAUCGAGCUUACGAGACUCCAGACAGGAGUUGUAUCUCCAUGGAGACCAAGCAGGAGGAGAGUGGCCAGGUGUAUGGAUGUCAGCAAAAACAUUCAGGUGCACAACUUCCUGUGGAAAGUCAGGCUAUGGAGCCUCUAAACAUGAAGAGGCUGAUCCUGAAGAACAUAGCUGUUUUAAUGAUCAUGUGCAACAUCUCGCUAUGGAUCCUCCCUGCCUUCGGUUGCAGACCACAGUAUGACAAUGGGCUGGAACGGGAGAUAUUUGGUUUCUCGACAUGGACCGCAAUUCUCAGUUUUGCCAUUCCUUUGAACCUCUUCUACCGAAUGCACUCAGUAGCCUCACUCUUCGAGGUGUUCCGCCGAGUCUGA